CUAGCAGCGGAGAUUUGAAAACCCACAAGGAGUGAGGAGCAGGUUUUGUUUUGAGUCGACAGAUGACAGCACACACACAUCGCUCGACGCGGCGCUGAUGACUCUGAGAUGGGACACACACAUCUACUGUUGGCAGCGCUGCACAACGACUCGGAGCCAGCUUCACGUUACCGAUGUCUUGCUGUCGAUGACCUGCAGCUUACACCUCGGACUGUUUGACUUGCACGGCUAAAGGAAAGCUGAGUGACAGUCCUGAUAUUUCCAUCCGGACCUGGUGAUAUGAGAGGCCUCAGGAGACGCUGAUGGAGCUCCAGGAGUUGAGCUGGCUGUGUCUGGUGGGUCUCUUCCUUGCCUCCUUGCUCAUUGUGUUGGGAUGGUUGCUCCAGUACUUGGUGACCGUGCUGCGGCUGUGGAGAGCCAAGAGGGCAGCCAAGCGGGACGGAGAGAGAGACUCCUCCUGGAAGACAAAGCCCCCCCAGAGCCAGCCUGGAGGUGUUUGGGACUUCCUGCUGAAGCUCCGCUCGGGCCAGGGUGGAGGAGGUCCCACAUCUGAGGCUGGGGUGAAAGGCUUGCUGACCUCGCUGUUCUCCUUCAAGUCCUUCAGGGAGCAGUUCCAGAGGAGCUGGGUCAACGCUCUGAACGAGCAGGCCUGCAGGCACGGGAGCUCCAUCCAGAUCACUUUUGACAGCAGUCUCCAGCUAACGGCUGCCUCCGCCAUAGAUAGCGUGACCUGCACUGACCAAUCAGCACACAGAAUGGUGUUACACUGUAAAUGUUGGGUGGACACGGUGACAUUUCCUGUGACCGUCACUCAGCAGUCACAUGCUGCCGUUUCCAUGGACACCUAUCAGAUCACCAUAGCACCUACUGUGGCACAGGUGGCUGUGUUUCUGGAGGAGAUGGCGGAUGAGGGUCUGCUGAUGUCCUGGACUCUUUCAAAGCAGCCGUCGUUUACUCUGAGUGUGACUCCCUGCAGGCUGCAGAGACAGAGCGCUGAAGGUAACGCCGACCUGGACACCAUUAAGGGACUGAUAGAGGACACUCUGUUCAGCACUCAGCCAGCGAUGGUCCUCAACCUCAAGACUUGUGUGUCCUCCUUGGCCCCCAUGGACCAUCUGUCUGGGGGAUUAAACUCUGUACCCCAGAGCGUCUUGGUGAGACGACUACUGCUCCGGCAGCUCGGGGCGACCUUAAGUAAAGGUCAUUUCUCCAGAUCAGGGGAGCUGUGCUGUGUCCUGAACCUGGACCAACCCUCCACAGAGAGGUCAACAAGCUUCCUGUCUGUGCCCGGCAACCCGAACGCCCCGCUGGAAUGGGGCGAAGAGAUUUCUCUGGAGCUCGGGCUGGAGACCAAAGAGUUGAGGGUCAGACUUCUGGAGCGAAAUGGAAAAAGGGAACAAUUCCUGCCCGGCUACGCCUCCAUAGUGGUCGACCUCUGCCACAAAGUUCCCACUGGUCAGCACACACUGUCAAUCAGCCCCGGCCACGGCUUGGCUCCACACGCUACAGUCACAGCAGAGCUGCUGUACGUUGAAACAGAGGAGCCUCGCAGCACCCACAAUGCUUUGCCCCUCCGUUCCUCUGUCACCCCCACGAAGAAAGUGGAUGUGGACCGGACCAUCAUGCCAGACGGAACCAUCGUCACCACCGUGACCACCGUUCAGUCUCGACUCAAACUGGAACGCAGCCCAGGUGAGUCUCCUCUGCGGACACCAUCCAAAGUGGAGGUGACGGAGAAGAAGCCCACCAUCCUGUCAGAUGCCAAAGGCAGCCCCAACCCGAGCAAGAGCAGCCGCCUGUCUAAUGGCCUGGAUCCCGUUGCAGAGACGGCCAUUCGGCAGCUGACAGAGUCGGCAUCCAAAGCAGCUCGGAAGACCCCGACCAAAAGGAGCACGCUGAUCAUCUCGGGCGUGUCCAAGGUUCCGCUCUCUGAAGAUGACUGUGCGCUGUCCAGCGGCUAUGCUGCAGCCAUGGAUGCAGCCAUGCAUGGCAACCAUUAUGGUGCCGGGCAUUACCAGGAUCCAGAAGAAACCACACCCUCCGACGUGUCGGAGCGUCCGUCUGUGGACGAUGUGGAGUCAGAUACUGGGUCCACUGGUGCCUUGGAAACACGCAGCCUGAAGGACCAUAAAGUGAGCUUUCUGCAGAGCGGGUCGAAGCUGUUGUUCCGCAGAAGACAUCGAGAAAAGGAGUCCUGCCUCAGCCAAUCACAUGAAGACAUCUCCAACAUGGGCAAUAACUUUGCUGCUGCAGCAACCAGCAGCCGUAAAAAGUCUGGCAGCUUCUCCAGGCGUCUCAUCAAGCGCUUCUCUUUCCGCUCAUCAGGAAAAUCAAAAGGCAAAGCCACUGCGACCAACGGAGGAGCAGGCUCUCUGGAUAACUGAUAAGCCAGUUAGGACAUUUUCUCAUCUUGACUGUAAGACGACCGAACAAGGCAAGAAUCCAGUUUCGACAGGGUGACACCCCAGGUGGGUUAUACACCUUGAGAUGAGGAUACCUCUGGGAGGUCUUUCCUCUGGAGAGAAAUAGUUGCACCUUCAGGACGGACAUCAUGAUAAAUCAAGUAACUCAUUCUUGUCUAAUUUGAGAAGAAAUCUUCUGCAGGGUCAUUGGCAGGUAAAAGUUGCAUGGAAAUACCUCAUGCACAGUUGGGAAAACAAACUACAGUGAGGGUAUUUUAACAAGAAUACCAAGAAUGUCCUGAUAUUAUGUAAUGACAUAAAAGGCUAGUAAGAUGCAGCUGGUUGCACUUUGGACUCUUAAGGUUGUUUUUUUUUUUUUUUUAAACCGCACAUGUAAAAUUCCUGGGUUGUAUAAAGGUAAUUUAUUAUUAUGUGGAUCUCAUGAAAAAAAGUGCUUUUUAUUUGACCCUCCUAAAAAAAGUCAUCAUAGUUGCAUCGCAUUGUAAAAUAAAGACAUUGUUGUGUUUUUCCAUGCAAAGGUAAUUUAAAGCAAAAAAAAACCAGUCUUCAUCUAGCUGUUGAUUUCUGCUUCAACAUUAGAAUGUUUGUCAAUGUUGUAUCUUAUAUAAGACGCUGAAAAAAUAAUAUAUUUACUGUACUCUUUAUUUUAUGAAAGUACUGUCUUUACAUCAUUACACAUUUCAGUUUACUUUUAAAACGUCAACUACCAGGAUACCUACCUGACCAGCUGGUAAAUAUGUUUGGAUUUUGUGUUUUUUUUAUUGUGAUUUUUCUUUUGGUUGAAAGAAGAACGAUUUACUACUUUACGCGUGGCUUCUGUUGGCUCCAUUUGAGCCGAGUGCAUCAAAACAAUUUAUUAAGACUUCAGUCAUGCUCAUGUGGAUUUUUCUUAUCGCAAUAACGAUCAUUAACUUGCAUAUAUAUCCGGGGUAAUGCCCUGCAAGCUUUCAUUUGCAGGAAAUGCUUCGCUAAUAAUCUUUUAACUAAACCAUGCAAACCCUAUCCUGUAACUACACAUAGGAGCAUCAUCAUGUUGUAUUUCUUCUUAAAUAAAUGUCUUACAUGAGUGAUAAUGCAGGUAAAGUUCUCCAGUUAAGAUUGGAAAAAAAAAACAAUGUUUUAGGAAGCAUUAAGAGAUUUUCUGAAAUAUGAGCAACAGGACUGUCGCAGUUUCUGAAGAGGUGAUGGUAGGAGUUAAGAAACGAGUACAAACUCAGGGCUAGAAAUGAAACAGAAGCUAUCGACUUGAGUUUCAAGGAAACCCGCUGUGCCCUGUAAAGGCACACAGAACCAGUAUGUAAAAAUGUACAUAGGGUUUUGGGGCAUUUGUGUGAUACAGAGAAAAUAUAGAAUCUGCAUUUUUUUUUUUUUGUUGGACAUCAGAAAAACCAAAUUACUUUUGACUAAAUUAUAAGGUGUGUUUUUUUCAUGAAUAAAGGGAUUUUUAUUAAAAAAGUGAUCACAGAGGUUGAGCCACUGUAAUCCCAGGGACUAUGACGAAAAGUACCAUGUGCUUUACAACCAUUUAAAAUGCUGAGAAAAACAAAGCCACUUCAUUGUCUGAAGGCACACAAUCUAUACUGUCUAUUGCUGGAAUGGGAAGCAGAUAGCCGCUGAUAUAAUCUUAACAAAUGUGUGAUUUCUGUUAUAUUUGAAAUGUGUAAUUUAUUGCAAAUAAAUUAUUUUUGGAGCAUCA